UACAGAGCGGCGUCUGGUUCAGUCGUUGGCUGCUGUUGUUUUUUAAUUAUGUUUAAUAAUUCCGUGUAUUUCUGAAGUCACUCAUAUAUGCGCAGCCCAGAAGCGCAGACAUGUUAAAGAACUGUGGCAAGACAUGUGUGAUUUCUGUGGUAGGCACCGCGCUGAGCUGUCUGAUGGUGCUCUUCUUGGUCGCAGCCCAGCAGCAGCGCGGUUCCCCGCGAGGUGACGUGCGGCACAAGCCGGAGUUCCGCAUGCGAUCGUUGCAGAGCUGGGAGAGUUCGUGGGACGCGCAGCCCGGGGAUGCGCCCGAGUGGGGUCGUGAAAGGGGCUUUUCUGCAUAUUUCUCCAGACUGACUCGGGACAAGAAAGAGAUGCGUAAAGCGGACCAAACGAAGCGAGCGAGCGAUACGCCUCCCGCAGAGCACAUCAGUCCGAACGACGUGUUCAUUGCGGUGAAGACCACGAAGAAGUUCCACCAGUCCAGGCUGGACCUCCUCCUCCACACCUGGAUCUCCAGGAACAUGCAGCAGACAUACAUCUUUACAGAUGGAGAGGAUGAAGAGCUGAAGAAAAAAGUAGGAAACCAUGCCAUCAACACCAACUGUUCUGCUGCCCACAGCCGGCAAGCUCUCUCCUGCAAGAUGGCAGUGGAGUACGACAAGUUCAUAGAAUCUGGGAAAAAGUGGUUCUGUCAUGUUGAUGACGAUAACUAUGUGAACACUAGAACCAUAGUGAAGCUGCUGUCCCAUUACACUCAUACUCAGGACAUCUACAUCGGAAAGCCCAGUCUGGACCGGCCCAUUGAGGCCACCGAGAGGCUCGGAGACAACAAGAUGAGACCGGUGAACUUCUGGUUUGCAACAGGCGGUGCAGGGUUUUGCCUGAGUCGGGGCUUAGCACUAAAGAUGAGCCCAUGGGCCAGUGGAGGCCACUUCAUGAACACAGCUGAGAAGAUCCGUCUGCCGGAUGACUGCACAAUUGGCUACAUCAUUGAGUCAGUGCUGGGGGUCUCCUUGAUCCGCAGCAACCUGUUCCACUCACACCUGGAAAACUUACAGCAAGUGCCAAAGGAAGAGCUGCAUAAACAGGUCACUCUUAGCUAUGGAAUGUUCGAAAACAAGAGGAACAUCAUUAACAUUAAGGGGGCUUUUUCCAAUGAGGAGGACCCAUCUAGGUUUAAAUCUGUGCAUUGCCUGUUGUACCCAGACACCCCGUGGUGCCCCUCUCAAACUACUUCCUAGGGGGAACGGGCCUCUACCUUCCGUAUCCUCGUCCCCUUUUGACUUUGGUAUCUGAAAAGUCCAUGGGACCAAUGUGGUAUUUGGUAUUGGGUUGGCAUGGUUGCUGUGUUCACUGCAGCAGUGUGCCACCUGUGCGAGCUGCUGUGUGGCUCGCAAUUUAGCUAUAGACAUUUCCUUCUCAGCCUGGGGCCUUGAAUUUCCAUCUUGGCGUAAGGACAUGGGCAGGAAAGGGCUUUCAGCCUCAUGUUGUACAAGCCAUAUUCUGUGCUUCUCACUUUGUAAAUGUGCUUGAUAUUCUCAUAGAAUGCACAUAUAUUUAUCUUGAGAUAUUGUAUGGCUUUUUUCACUUAUUAAUAAGUAAUUCUACUUUUCCUGUACUCAGUUCUUGUGUUUGUGGCUCAAUAACUGCCAUAACUAUUUUAUUGGUGUUUUGAAAGUUGGAUUGAAAUAUUUAGGCAGAUGGUCAGAAAAAUAGGAAAUUAGUUUUCCUUUUAGCGGAAAUUUUAACAUUUUAUUAGAC